CUUCUCCCAACGAAGACUCUGCAAACAACGACUUCUUCUACCAAUGCAAAUAAAUGUUGAUGUUCAAUGAAGAAGAAGAAGAAGAAGGGAACUGAACAUAGCUAUAGCUUGAAUUCGAUCCCCAGAUAGCAGCCAUGGCCAUUCCUGGUUUUCUAAUUAUAAUAAUCAUUCUCCUUUCUUCCUUUUGUCUCACUUCAGCUCAACUGAAUCCCCAAAACAUAACGUUGGGAUCAUUCCUCACUCCCACCAGCACUCAUAACUCCACUUGGCUAUCCCCUUCAGGCCUCUACGCAUUUGGGUUUUACAAGCAAGGCAACGGCUUCUACGUCGGAAUAUUCCUUGCCGGAAUCCCCGACAAAACAGUCGUAUGGAUUGCAAAUAGAGACGACCCUCCCUUAUCCAGCAAUGUCACUCUGCUCUUUGAUACCAACGGACGGCUGAUAUUACACCAACCUGACAACCAAAAUACCUCACUCAUGGAUACUUCUUCUUCGGCCUACGCCUCCAUGCACGAUUCAGGCAACUUUGUUCUCUACGAUUCGAAUGGAGAACCCAUCUGGCAGAGCUUUCACAAUCCAACAGAUACCAUUUUGCCAACCCAACGCCUUACCAGGAACAAAGAGAUCGUCUCAGCAGAGUCAACCACAAAUCCAGCCAGUGGGAUUUUUCGAUUGAAGAUGCAGGCAGAUGGGAAUCUUGUUCAGUACCCAGUCCAAACGCCGGAUACCGCCGCAUUCGCUUACUAUUCAACUUCCACUUUUGGAUAUGGACCCAACGUGACCCUCAACUUUGAAAAGAACGGUUACCUCUAUUUGUUCAAUUCCACCACCAUUAUAAGCAAUGUCACUGAUGGCUUUGCAGAUGAUGAUGAUGAUGCUACAAUUUACUUGAUGAGAAUUGACCCGGAUGGUAUUUUUAGGGUAUAUUCUCAUGGUUCCAUUUGGUCUGUUGUUUGGUCAUCAACCACGGAUCCAUGUGCCCCAAAGGGGCGUUGCGGCCUAAACGGGUUCUGUACUUUGCUCGAUGAUAAAGUUGAUUGUCUUUGCCUACCUGGGUUUGAUUUUGUUAACACCGGAAACUGGAGCUCCGGCUGCGAGAGGGAUUUCAACGUCGAAAGCUGCAAAAGUAAUGAUAGUCAAGUUCAAUCUAAAAUGACUAGCGUCCCAAGCACCACAUGGGAAGAGAAUUCGUAUUCGGUUAUCUCGCAAAUAACCCAACAAGCAUGCGAACAAACUUGUUUAGAUGAUUGCAAUUGUCAAGUGGCACUAUACAAGGAAGGAGAUUGUAGGAAGCAAAAGCUUCCUUUGCGCUAUGGAAGGAGGCAAAUGGGAGAUUCAAGCAUGGCUUUAGUCAAGACUCAAACCAGAACCGGUGAUGAAAAUAAUGAUAUUGUUCCUCCUGCCAAACAAGAAAAGAGACAUUAUUCUGGGGUUGUUGUGUUGAGCAUCGGUUCAUCUCUUGUUGCUCUAGCUUGCAUUCUUUUGAUUGCAUCGUGUUUUCUAUUCUAUAGAAGUCGGUUGGGGUUUUACAGCAAGCUCCCGCCUAUGGGUAAUGUAGAAUUAGGCGACGACGUCUCCCCGCGAGCAUUCUCAUAUGCAGAUCUUGAGAAGAUCACAAACGGGUUUAAGGAAGAAGUUGGAAAGGGCGCAUCUGGAGUAGUCUACAAGGGGAUUAUACCCUACAGCAAGAAAUCAGUAGCUGUGAAGAAAUUGGAGAAGAUGUCCACAGAAGGAGAUAGGGAAUUCCUCAAUGAAAUAAAAGCAAUUGGACAAACCCAUCAUCGAAACCUCGUACGCUUAAUAGGUUAUUGCCACGACAGUGAAAACAAACUCUUGGUAAUAGAGUUCAUGAGCAACGGGUCUUUAGCCGACGUGCUCUUCACCCCCGAGAAAAGACCAUGUUGGGAUGAAAGAACGAGGAUUGUUCUCGACGUUGGAAAAGGAAUCCUUUAUUUGCACGAAGAGUGUGAAACACAAAUAAUCCAUUGCGAUAUAAAGUCUCAGAAUAUAUUGAUGGACGAGUACAGGUCGAUAAAAAUAUCUGAUUUUGGACUUGCGAAAUUUCUUAAGUAUGAUCAAACGAGAACCUACACUGCAGUGAGGGGGACAAAAGGAUACAUCGCUCCAGAAUGGCACAAGAAUUUGCCCGUUACUGUAAAAGCAGAUGUCUACAGCUUUGGGAUAGUUCUUUUGGAAAUCAUAACUUGUCGUCGGUGUCUAAAUUGGAGCCUACCCGAAGAAGAAGCUGUUCUAGAGGAAUGGGUCUACUCGUGCUUUGAGGCUGGUGAUUUGCAAAAGCUAGUCGGAGACGAGGAAGUGGACAUGAAGAUGCUGAAAAAGAUGGUGAAAGUGGGAAUUUGGUGUAUACAAGAGGAUCCAUCACUUAGGCCUACUAUGAAGAAGGUUUUACUCAUGUUGGAAGGGACAGUGGAUAUUCCUGUGCCUCCCAGCCCAACUUCCUUCUUUAGCAUAGCUAAUUGAUUCAUUCGCAUCAUAUUUGCUUGUGGCUACUUCUUUGGCAAUAUUCCUGUAAUCAAGAACUUUCUUGUAAAGUUUCUUUUAAAAUGUAACCCUAAUAAAUAAAGAGUGCAAUUUCAGCA